AUGGCCCCCCCCUCCCCUCCCAAGGGCCCCCAAAGAGCCGAUGCCACUUCCAGCACUUCCGACUUGACUGCAGAAGAAAUGCAGCAAGUCUCCAGCGCCCCGGCCCCUCCCCCCCCAGCAGCAGCAGCAGCAGCAGAGCCUGCAGCAGCAGCAGCAGCAGCAGAGCCUGCAGCAGCAGCAGCAGCAGCAGAUAGGCGGUUUCUUCUGGGCCUCGAAACUGGCAGGUGGUUCGAAGGCAGCAAUGGAGCUGUCUACGAGCUGCUGGACCCCAUUGGCUCUGGCAGCGCCUCCACAGUCUUCAGGUGCAAACGCGUCAGGCAGCAGCAGCAGCAGCAGCAGCAGCAGCAGCAGCAGCAGGGGGCGGAUGCAGCAGCAGCCGACGACCACGACGCCGUUCUGGCUGUGAAGGCCAUCGACCUCAAGGGACUCAAAUUAAAUGCAAACUUCAAAACUGAACUCGAGAAGUUGCGCAAAGAGGCGCAGCACCUGAAGCGCCUGCGUCACCCGUGCAUCGUGGGGUUCAUAGACUUCGUGGAGACGCAGGACUCUUUGUUCAUAGUGCAGGAGUUCAUGAAAGAAGGAGAAUUGUUUUACAAAAUU